UAACUUAAUAUAUAAAACAAACAACUAUAUAAACAAACAUAAUUUUACUACUUUACUACUUACUUUUUGAAAAACAAUUUUAGCAAAAAGUAUGCGAAUCUUUUUUUUGUCCGAAAGAACCGAUUUCUCGAAGUGAGCGGACUUUCCGAACCUUGCUGCCGUUUGUUCAGAGCCUCGUGACGCCCUCUGCUGUCUUCUGUUUGAAAGGCGCAGCAGUGUAAGUUUUACAACCCUGCUCGACUCCUCAAAGCAACGUGUGCUGGAAUUUGACUCGGGUGAUGCUUUCAACGGCGGGAUUCGUAUGCUUAUCGUUUGUGACAUAAAAACUGCCGUUUUGCCCGGACUGAGGUAAAAUGAGCAGCACGGAAAGCCAUGGUUUGGGAGAGGAGGUUUGCAUUCGCCUGGAGCCUCUACCGGGCAAGAGCACGCACCUAGAGGGCAAGGCGUCUCCGCAGGUGAACAACCGAUUGGAUGCGCCUCAAGUGACGGCCAACGGGGUGCAUGACAUUGAGGACCGGAUUUUACGAAUCACUGGCUAUUACGGUUAUAACCCCGGAUACUCCAGUCAUAGAAAAAUCAAGACUCAUCAGACCAGGCAACAUUUUUCCAGUCUUCAAGUGUCCAAUUUUGGAGAAGAAGGUUCAGAGUCACACGCAGAGACUCCAGUCAGUGAAACUAGUGGUGACGGUACAGCAUAUCAAACCUGCGCCAACACAGUCCUGAAGGUGCUGGGUGGCCUCCUGGUGGUUCUGUGUGUCUCCUCAUCUUGGGUGGGCACAACACAAGUAGUCCAGCUCACGUUCAAGUCAUUUUCCUGUCCCUUUUUCAUUACCUGGUUCAGCACCAACUGGAACAUUCUCUCAUUUCCCCUCUACUACUCUGGGCAUGUGGCCACCAACAGGGAGAAGCAGACACCCAUUCAGAAAUUCAGGGAAUGUAGUCGUUUGUUUGGGGAGGAAGGAAUGUCUCUGAAGGUCCUUCUGAAGAGAACAGCACCUUUCUCCAUCUUAUGGACGCUGACUAACUACCUGUACCUCCUGGCGCUAAGGAAACUGACCGCCACGGACGUCUCAGCACUCUACUGUUGCCACAAAGCCUUUGUCUUCCUGCUGUCAUGGAUCGUCCUCAAAGAUCGUUUCAUGGGUGUGCGGAUUGUGGCUGCCAUUAUGGCCAUCACGGGCAUUGUCAUGAUGGCAUAUGCUGAUGGUUUCCAUGGGGAUUCCUUUAUGGGUGUGGCUUUCGCAGUUGGCUCCGCCUCAACCUCAGCACUCUACAAAGUGCUGUUUAAGAUGUUCCUUGGCAGUGCCAAUUUGGGCGAGGCGGCGCACUUCUUUUCCACAAUGGGUUUCUUCAACCUCAUAUUCAUCUCCUGCGUUCCCCUCAUUCUCUACUUCACCAAAGUGGAACACUGGGGUUCUCUCUCCUCUUUGCCGUGGGGUUACCUCUGCGGGGUAGCUGGCCUCUGGCUAGUGUUUAACAUCCUGGUCAAUGUAGGAGUGGUGCUCACAUAUCCUAUACUCAUAUCAAUCGGGACAUUACUCAGUGUUCCAGGCAAUGCAGCCAUUGAUGUGCUGAAGCACGAGGUGAUCUUCAGUGUUGUGCGUCUGGCUGCCACCUGCAUCAUUUGCCUGGGGUUCCUGUUGCUUCUGCUUCCGGAAGAGUGGGACUCCGUCAUUCUGCGUUUUCUUGCCGCCCUGGCCGACAAGAAACCGGAGGAGCACGGCGAGGAGCUCACAGACUCCAGCAUCCACACACGCAGCCGGAGCAGAGCCAACGGAGCUGUAUCCAUUCCUAUGGCAUGACCUUUUACCUCUUUAUGACCUGGGAAUGAGUAGCAGUCAGUGACCAUUUACCAUGAGGCAGCCUUUGGGCAAGAAUUAUUGCAUUUAAAGUUUUUAAAGGAAUAUAAAGAAGAUACUGAAGGUAGGGAUGAUAUUCCUAAAUAAUAACCACAACAUCAACCAGUCGAAGUUGAGAAAGUUAGCUGUUACUAAGUGAGAAUAGCAUCCUGCUCUCUUAAAACAGGAGUAUUUACUGACAGUAUUUUUAUUUUAAAGAGGAGAUCUAGUAUUUUCUUCUUUAAGUGAGGGCCUGCCAUUUCUAUGGGGAGAAACACUCAUAUAAUACAUAGAAAUGAAUGGACUUUCGACUAUUUCCCUCUGCACGCAAUACUUGCACCCCAGCUAGCCCUCCCCAUGGACUGUAUUCUGUGAAUAUAGACUUUGUCAGGGCCAGUUUGGCUCACUGUACACAUGAAUGCAUACAGAGACGUAUAUGAACAUGAAAUAUGAGGAUUAUUUGCAUUGUACGUAUAGUAGUAUCAUAUUGUAUAUAUGUAGGAAAAAUAUAUUAUGCUUUAAUGAACAAGCCUUUCUUUUUCUUUUAUAAUAAAGAUCUUUAAAACUCUUUCAA